UCAAACAUUUCGCUUCGUUACAGAAGAGAAGCAGUGAUUAGCCGCACCAAAAUAUAUCUAUUAGAGAUUUAUGGUGAGGUUCAAGAUGGACAAAUUAUUGAAAUUUGUGAUUUUGGUGGCGGUGAUAAUUCCCGCCAGCCCCGGCCGCUUGGAGGUGACCCGGGCGGAGCUGUCCGCGAUGGCCGAGUCCUUCCUCCGUCAGCAGAACGGCGCCCUGGCCCUCGCCUGCGCGCGCUUCGUCAGGGCCAACUGGGCCUUCCAGACCAACCUCACGCACCAUAACAAGAUGAGGAAGAUCUCGAGCCAGGUGCAGUACGCGCGCGUGCGGAAGGAGGUGUGGCAGAAGGCGAAGAAGUGGGCGAAGGUGCGGCGCCAUCUCGAGGAGGAGGCCCAGAGGCAGCUCGACGCCCUGGCUGUGCUGGGGACGGCCGCGCUGCCCGAGCGGGACAUGAGGCAGUACGCCAACAUCGUAUCUGAAAUGUCCCGGAUCUACAGCACGGCUUCGGUGUGCAGCUUCAGCGACCCCGACGAAUGCGACCUAACACUCGACGAAGACGUGAAGGUCAUCAUGAAGAACAGCAAGAACAGCGAAGAACUGGCGCACAUCUGGCUUGCCUGGCGAGAGAACACAGGCAGAAGGAUGAGGAAAAGUUACGAAGACCUUGUCCCUCUGUUGAACAAAGCUGCCGUGGCCAAUGGAUUUCAUAACAAAGUCGAGAUGGAUUUGCGAGCCUAUGAAAAUAUUAUCUGCCAUCCAUCUGCUUGGGAUUUCUGUGAUGGAGAAAAUUUCAGGGUCAAGCAAUGCACCCAAGUGACCUUGUCUGACUUGAUCACUGCCCACCAUGAGAUGGGUCACAUCCAGUACUUUAUGCAGUACAAAGACCAGCCACAUGUCUUUCACCGCAGUGCAAACCCAGCCUUCCAUGAAGCUGUUGGAGACCUCAUUGCCCUUAGCAUGUCCACCCCAAAGCACAUGUCAAAACUUGGCCUCUUUAAGAAGAGCUCACAAAAGAAACAGAAAGAAGUUGAGUUGAACUUCCUAAUGAAGAUGGCACUGGACAAGGUUGCUUUUCUGCCAUUUGCAUACCUCAUGGACUUGUGGCGCUGGAGGGUUCUUGACGGCACUUAUUCCCAGAGGGAUUGGAACUGUGCUUGGUGGGAUCUCAGGUAUGAGAUUCAGGGAAUGAAACCUCCCUCUACACGUACAGAAGAUGACUUUGACCCUGCGUCUAAAUUUCAUGUGGCAGUCAACUCUCCAUACAUCAGAUACUUUUUGAGCACCAUUGUUCAGUUUCAGUUCCAUAGGGCUCUGUGUAUAAAAGCCAAUGAGUAUGACCCGGAUAAUCCCUUGAUGCCACUUCAUAAAUGUGAUAUUCACCAAUCAAGUAAAGCCGGCAGUGCUCUUAGAGAAAUGCUUAAGCUAGGUUCAUCAAAACCCUGGCAGGAAGCACUAAGAACCCUUACAGGAGAGGAGGGGAUGGACACCUCAGCUCUGCGGGAAUACUUCAAGCCCCUCGAGGAAUGGCUGAAGGAAGAAAAUGCAAGACAAGGAGAGUUUGUUGGCUGGCGGCCAGAUGGUCAGUAUUGCUUGUACAAGAAGAUUUCAGAAGUAGUACCUGAAAGCAAUUGUACAGCAGCCCAGGAUUCACCAUCUGUAACUUCCACCCCACCUACUCCAUUUACUCCACCUGCUCCACUUCUUGCAGCUUCUACACUCAUUCCACAUGAUACAGCUGAUUUACCCGUUAGACCUGAUGAUAUCAAUGCACCCAUCCAACCUAGUACAGCUGCUUCCUAUAAUGCACCUUCAAAACCUGUUUCAGGUAUUAGAAGCAUUGCUCCUGUUCCACUUGAUGCAGCAGCCGCUUCUAUUCCUGACAUGGACGACAUUAUGUGAAUUCAGAUGAGCUUCCUUUGCUUGUAAUUUCAGUCUUCCAAACUUUUAUAAAGCCCGUACAUGAUCUCCAAGGAAAUAAGUGAAUAAUAUCUGUCUAUUUAUUUGUCUCUAUUUUUUUUUUUUUUUUUUUUUUUUUUUUAUGAUAAUGAUUUAUGAUGGUGAUAAUUGAUGAUGAUGAUACUACUAUUGUUAGUAAUAAUAAUCAUUUGCUUAUGCCUUAUUUUAGCCAAAUAAUUAUGAGGGUGGGUUUCAUGGAGCAAAAGAUAACUGUCCAUUUUACAGCUGUUUCUGAAGGAGUCCUAAAAAUAAGGGACUGUGCUUUAUAAAUGUACCACAUAUAUAUCAAAACUAUGAAUUACAAAGAAAGUCUACUGUUGUUGGUGCUUGUAUAUUAUAUUUUGUGAAGAACAGCUAUAAAAAAAUAAAAAGAAAAGGUAUUAUUACUUUA